AUGCCCACGUUCCAUUUUAUUUGUUUAAGCAUCAUUUAUGGGUUGCAUCAAGGUCCAGUUUUCAAAUCUGAAGUCGAGCUAUUCAAUCAGCAGUCUAAAGAUCAACCUGAAGGACGGGAUGGACCACACGAAGGAGAACAACAAGCUCCACAAGUGGACCAGGAUAACAAAUCAGAUGCCAAUCACUCGACCAAUCAUUUAAGGAAUCGUAAAACUAAAUCGAAAACACGUUCACAGUUCGUCAACACGACCACAGGGGAAAAACAGAAGGAACCUUCCCCGGCUGCUCAAACACUUCCUGUACAAACCACUUCAACGAAGGCAAGUGUAGAAAAAAUGCCGUCGAUUGGUGAAAUGGUCAGAUGGAUAUCGGCAUUAAUUAUGAAUCCACGAGGGUUAAUUUGCACUUGGUCUCCUCCAGAAAGCGUUGUGCCGAUCGAACGAAAUUUGAACUUGAAGAAAUUUAUGAUCAAGUUAAUCUUGGGGACGGUGAUGAUGCAUUUCUGGUUUCAAUUUGUUUGCGCUUUUGGUGUUGAGGUGGUCAUCAAUUCGAAAGCGGACAUGAACCAUUUCUUAUUCGAAAGAAUGGGCUUACCGCCAUUGAGAAUCAUCAAACUAGUCACGCCUUUCUUUCUGACAAUUACUUUGGGCGGAGGGGCCUAUAGCGGAUUCGCACUUGCAGGGGGAUUAUUCAACCUAGUUGAAAUUGGAAUCAUUUCACUUUUGCGAUCGAUUCUACCCGAAAAUAGCACAUUCAGACCAGAGCCAGUGAACCCAUCGAAUUAUCCUCCCUUGUUUAAUAAUCCUUGGCUGAGAACAAGUUUAACUGAGUUUUGGGGUAAAGGUUGGCAAGCGGUGUUCAGGCUUCAUUUCUUAUUUUGUGGGGCCCAACCCAUGUAUAAAAUCUUCCAUAGAUAUGGACCAACUGUUGGAAAAUUGGCAGCGGUAAUGGGUGCGAUGGGAUUGAGUGCUGCUAUGCAUGAGUUUUGCCUGGUGUCGGUGUCGAGAAUCGAUCCUACUUUUUCUUCCUUUAGAAUGUUCCUUAGUCAGGGCAUCGGGAUUGCUCUAGAGGCUGUUUUCAAACAAGUCACCGGUCACAAGGUUUCUGGACCCUUGGGAUGGUCUUGGACUUUUAUUUACAUGAUCCUCAAUGGAAAACCGAUGGUUGAUGCUUGGUAA